ACGCCAACAUACCUGGCCUGCGGUGGGCGGGUGCGCCGGCGUGCGACUGGCUGGGAGGUGGGAGGAGUGCUGGGAGCCCGUGCCGCGGCCGCUGCCUGGUCCCAGUCUUCUCGGAGGUCCACGCGGCCUUGGACCACCUCUUCCACACACUACUUUUUCAAGCUGCAUUUGCGUAGUUUUCCCCGUUCCCGAUCCCGCCCCUCAGACCGACUGCCGGCCUCAGCUCUGGGGCGCCCAGGGGUCAACAGAACUCAGGAUCUCUCCCUACUCCUUAGAGAAAUCUAAUUCAGGAAAGCCACUGAGAAACUUGUCUCCACCAAGAUAAAGAAACUGAAGCUCAAGAAGUAAAGUGAUGGCCAAGGUCACACAACUAGUGACUGGGUUGGGUCUGGCUGAACAACCACUGUGUGCCAGGGUCUAAGAAUACAGGAAACAAGACACUUCUCUCUUUUUCUCUACCUAAGGAAUACCUAGUCACCCUUCAGGACCAAACUAAAAAUAUCAUCUCUUAUGAAACUUUUUGUAAGGCCUUUGCCACCCACAAGUAGAGUUGAUAACUUGUGGGGUUUUUUGUGUGUGUGUGUAACCCUCUGAAAUAGCACUUUUCACAGUUAUUGUAAUGAUCUGCUUCUAUAGUUCCAUUUCUCUAACUUUGAGCACCUUGGCAACAGGGCCUGUGUACUAUUCAUCACCACUUGGAUAUCUGAUAGACAUCUCAAACUCAACAUGUCCAAAUCUGGACACCUGAUCUUCUUCCCCCAAAUGACCCCUCCCCUAAAGCGGUCCUCAUCUCGGUUAAUGGCAAUUUCACCUUGCCAGUUGUUCUGGCCCAAAAACCUUGAACCACACCUUGUAUUCAAUCUUUCAGCAAAUCCUGUUGACUCUCUCUUCCAAAUACAUCUAGAAUCCAAUCACUUCUUAUCACCUCCAGUGCUGCCACUCUAGUCCAAACCACCAUCACCUCUCACUUGGAUCACUGCAGUAGCCUCCUGACUGGUCUCACUGCUUCACCCAUGUCUCCUGUGGCCUAUCCUCCACACAGAAUCCAGAGUGAUCCUGCUAAAUGCAAGUCAGAUCAUGUCAGUUCUCAGCACAAAACUCUCCCAACGGCUUCCCAUCUCUCUCAGAGUAAAGCCAAAAUCCUUCAGUGGCCUACAGGCCCUAUAAAAUCUGAUCUCCUACUAAAUCUCUGAUCUUAUCUCCUAGUACAUCCCCCCUCCCACUCUGCUUCAGCUACUUGGUCCUCCUUGCUGUGUCAAGCUAGGUACACUUCUUACCCAGGACCUCUGCACUGGCUGUUCCCUUGCUAGCUAUACUCUUCUGCAUGACUCGCUUCCUCACCUCCUCAAGUCUUUGUUCAAACAUCACUUUCUCAGUGAGGCCUACCUUGACCAACCUAUUUAAGGUCGCCUCUAUUCUAAUCUCCAGUUUAUAGUAAAUACAGGGUAUAGAGGAACAAGAUAAAUGACACCACAAGGGGGGAAAACCCAGACAAAUCCAGAAGUAGGAUAUUCUACAAAACAAUUGAGUUGUACCUUUCAAAAAGCCAAUGUCAUUAAUUUAAAAAAAAUAAAGUUGAGAGACUUCUAGUUCUGGACCCAAUUGGAGUAGACACACUUCUCCCUAUUUCUCCCACUAAGGACAGCUAAAACUCUGCAUGUGACAUAUAAAACAAACAUAGAAAGACUCUUAAAGAAGGAUAAAAGGGCAGACUUGACUAGGUGAAUUUCCUGGGCUUUCUUGUUGCCUCAUAUAUCCCAGACUGGGGGCCGGCAAAGCCAGCCUGGAAAUGCCAAUAGGCACAGACCAAAGCAAAACAAAACAAAAAGCCUCAAUAAAAGCCUGCUCUCUCUAGCCCAAAGACUAGCGAAUGGGCAGCUUAGCCAGACAGAAGAAAACCCUUAGACAGUAACCACUCUCCUGCAACCAGACAUCACAGAAAAAAAUUGCAGUUCCACCCAUGCCAGCCAUCAAAGACCAAGUAGAAACCAAGACUUUCCUUCUUGCCAGGCUACCCCAGGCUCUCCGGGGUGGUGUCUGAGUAGGGAGUCUGGACUUCCAUCCCCACAGUGUAACCUGGGUGGUAUCAGAGCAUCAGAGGAGACCUAGUGGAGUGUCAGGACUUUUGCUGCUGCCCUGCUCUUCCUCCCCUCCCCACCCUAGUCCUCUGCCACCUUCACCCCCACCUGCACCCCCACCCGUGGUGAGUGGAAGCCACCUGGGUAACAGGAAGGAGGCCCUUCAACCCCUCCCAGCCAGGUAGGUGUCAGUGGAGGCCUCAUGGGGAGCUGGAACUUCCACGCCUGCCCAGCAAUAAAGAGGAAUCCCCUUCUUGGGUAUCAACCAAUGCUGAGGGGGGAACUUGAACUUCUACCCCUACCUGGCAGUAGCCAGGUAGUGGCCCCUUCCAUUGAUGGCAACAGUGUCAGAAGAGGCCUACCCAAAACAAACGAUUUAAAAACGAUCUAGAAUCUCAUAACAUAAUAUCCAAAAAUAUCUGGGAUGCAAUGAAAAUCCACGCAUCAUACCAGCAACCAGGAGACCCUCAACUUGAAUAAGAAAUAAUCAACAGAUGCCAGCACCAAGAUGACAGAGAGCUUUCGAUGAUCUGAGAAGGAUUCUAAAGCAGCCAACAUUUAAAAAAAAAUGUUCCAAUGAGCAAUUACAAAUAAGUUUGAAACAAAUGAAAAAAAAAAGGAAAGUCUUAGCAGAGAAAUAGAUAUGAUGAAGAAUCAAAUAGAAAUUUUGGAAGAGAAGAAUACAGUAACUAAACCAAAAAACUAAGUGGAUGGGCUCAUCAGCAGGAUGGAGAGGACGAGGGAAAAAAAAUCAACGAACUGGAAGAUAGAACAUUAGAAAUUACCCAAUCUGAACAACAGUGGGAAAACAGAGUGAAAAAGAAAAUGAACAGAGCCUUAGAGACAUGUGGGACUAUAACAAAAGACCUAACAUUCAUGUCAUCGGAGUCCCAGAAGGAGAAGAGAAAGAGGGUGGGGCCGAAAAAGUCCUCAAGAUAUGAUGGCUGAAAAUCCCCCAAAUCUGGCAAAAGACAUAAACCUACAGAUUCAAGGAGCUGAACAAAUCCCAAGCAGGAUAAAAUCAAAGAAAUCCAUGCCAAGACACAUUAUAAUCAAACUUUUAAAAACAAGACGAAGAGAAAAUCUUGAAACAGUAAGAGAGAAACACCACUUUGUCAACAGGGGAAAAACAAUUCAAGUAUCAGUGAUUUCUCACCAGAAACCAUGGUGGCCAGAAGGAAGUGACACUACAUGUUUCAAGUGUUAAAAGAACUGCCAAACCUGGAUGCUAUAUCUAGUGAAAAUAUCCUUCUGAAAUGAGGGAGAAAUCAAGAUAUCCUCAGAGAAAGGAAAGCUAUGAGACCAGGACACCAGCAGACCCACCCUAAAAGAGUGGUUAAAGGCAGUUCUCAAAACAAAAAGGAAAUAAUAAAAGAAGAAAUCUUGGAGCAUCGGGAAGGAAGAAAGAAUAGAUGAGUAAAAAUGAGCCGCUGUUUAGCAUUCCUGCCGCUGCCGCUGCCACUGCCUGACUCUGCACGCUGAUUGGCUGGAAUCAACUGAGAAGGGAGCCAGGGAGAGAUGCUCUUGACUCCACUCAGAUCCAUCCUGGGGACCAGUGCAGGAGCGGUCCUCGCAGCACCCAGCUUCUGCCCAGGCUCCCGCUUCUUCUUUGCCGCUGGGCCUUGGCCCAGGAGCCACGACGGGCGACACGGAGCCGCCAGUGCUGGAGGGGGAGCCGUGGGUGCGGGGCAGCGUGGGGGCAGAGGCCCCGGGACGCCCGCCCGGCCCCAGGCCCCGCUCCGCCCGGGCGCCCCCACGGGUGCCCCCCCCUUCCUGGUCCGAGCAGUGUGAGUGUGCCCGGGAGCCCGGAGGCGGCGGUGGCGGCGGCGGCGUGGAAACCGGCGUGGGCUGGGGGGUCCGGGCCGCGGGGGGCAGUGCCAUGCACAAGCACCAGCACUGCUGUAAGUGCCCCGAGUGCUACGAGGUGACCCGCCUGGCCGCCCUGCGGCGCCUGGAGCCUCCCGGCUACGGGGACUGGCAGGUACCCGACCCCUACGGGCCAGGUGGGGGCAAUGGAGCCAGCGCCAGUUAUGGGGGCUACAGCUCGCAGACCCUGCCUUCGCAGGCGGGGGCCACCCCCACCCCCCGCACCAAGGCCAAGCUCAUCCCCACCGGCCGGGAUGUGGGGCCAGUGCCCCCUAAACCAGUCCCAGGCAAGAGCACCCCCAAACUCAACGGCAGCGGCCCCAGCUGGUGGCCCGAGUGCACCUGUACCAACCGGGAUUGGUAUGAACAGGUGAAUGGCAGCGAUGGCAUGUUCAAGUAUGAGGAGAUAGUCCUUGAACGGGGCAAUUCUGGCCUGGGCUUCAGCAUUGCUGGUGGCAUCGACAACCCCCAUGUCCCCGAUGACCCUGGAAUCUUUAUUACCAAGAUUAUCCCUGGCGGAGCAGCUGCCAUGGACGGGAGGCUGGGGGUGAAUGACUGUGUGCUGCGGGUGAACGAGGUGGACGUGUCGGAGGUGGUGCACAGCAGGGCGGUGGAGGCGCUGAAGGAGGCCGGCCCUGUGGUGCGGUUGGUGGUACGGAGGCGACAGCCCCCACCAGAGACCAUCAUGGAGGUCAAUCUGCUCAAAGGGCCCAAAGGCCUGGGUUUCAGCAUUGCUGGAGGGAUUGGCAACCAGCACAUCCCAGGAGACAACAGCAUCUACAUCACCAAGAUCAUCGAGGGGGGUGCUGCUCAGAAGGAUGGACGCCUACAGAUCGGGGAUAGGUUGCUGGCGGUGAACAACACCAAUCUGCAGGAUGUGAGGCACGAGGAAGCUGUGGCCUCGCUGAAGAACACAUCAGAUAUGGUCUAUCUGAAGGUGGCCAAGCCAGGCAGCCUUCACCUCAACGACAUGUACGCACCCCCCGACUACGCCAGCACUUUUACUGCCUUGGCUGACAACCACAUAAGCCAUAACUCCAGCCUGGGUUAUCUCGGGGCUGUGGAGAGCAAGGUCAGCUACCCUGCUCCUCCUCAGGUUCCCCCUGCCCGAUACUCUCCCAUCCCCAGGCACAUGCUGGCUGAGGAAGACUUCACCAGAGAGCCCCGCAAGAUCAUCCUGCACAAGGGCUCCACAGGCCUGGGCUUCAACAUCGUGGGAGGAGAGGAUGGAGAAGGCAUUUUUGUCUCCUUCAUCCUGGCAGGAGGCCCAGCUGACCUGAGUGGGGAGCUGCGCAGGGGAGACCGGAUCUUAUCGGUGAAUGGCGUGAACCUGAGGAAUGCAACUCACGAGCAGGCUGCAGCUGCUCUGAAACGGGCUGGCCAGUCAGUCACCAUCGUGGCCCAGUACAGACCUGAAGAAUACAGUCGCUUUGAAUCGAAGAUACAUGACUUGCGAGAACAGAUGAUGAACAGCAGCAUGAGCUCUGGGUCUGGGUCCCUGCGAACGAGUGAGAAGAGGUCCUUGUAUGUCAGGGCCUUGUUUGAUUAUGACCGGACUCGGGACAGCUGCCUGCCGAGCCAAGGCCUCAGCUUCUCCUAUGGUGACAUUCUACAUGUCAUUAACGCCUCUGAUGAUGAGUGGUGGCAGGCGAGACUGGUGACCCCACACGGAGAAAGUGAGCAAAUCGGUGUGAUCCCCAGUAAGAAGAGGGUGGAAAAGAAAGAAAGGGCUCGACUGAAAACCGUGAAGUUUCAUGCCAGGACGGGGAUGAUUGAGUCUAACAGGUCGAUCAAAACGAAACGUAAAAAGAGUUUCCGCCUCUCUCGAAAGUUUCCAUUUUACAAGAGCAAAGAAAACAUGGCCCAGGAGAGCAGCGUACAGGAACAGGGAGUGACAUCCAACACCAGUGACAGCGAAAGCAGUUCCAAAGGACAAGAGGAUGCUAUUUUGUCAUAUGAGCCAGUGACACGGCAAGAAAUUCACUAUGCAAGGCCUGUCAUCAUCCUGGGCCCAAUGAAGGAUAGAGUCAACGAUGAUCUGAUUUCGGAGUUCCCACAUAAAUUUGGAUCCUGUGUACCGCAUACUACCCGGCCUCGGCGUGAUAAUGAAGUGGACGGGCAAGACUACCACUUUGUGGUGUCCCGAGAACAGAUGGAAAAGGAUAUUCAGGACAACAAGUUCAUUGAGGCGGGUCAAUUCAACGAUAAUCUCUAUGGGACCAGCAUCCAGUCAGUGAGGGCAGUUGCAGAGAGGGGCAAGCACUGCAUCUUAGAUGUUUCUGGCAAUGCUAUCAAGAGGCUGCAGCAGUCACAACUUUACCCCAUUGCCAUUUUCAUCAAGCCCAAGUCCAUUGAAGCGCUUAUGGAAAUGAACCGACGGCAGACAUAUGAACAAGCAAAUAAGAUCUAUGACAAAGCCAUGAAACUGGAGCAGGAGUUUGGAGAAUACUUCACAGCCAUUGUACAGGGUGACUCACUGGAAGAGAUUUAUAACAAAAUCAAACAAAUCAUUGAGGACCAGUCUGGGCACUACAUUUGGGUCCCAUCCCCUGAAAAACUCUGAAGAAUCCCCUCCAACCAUUCUAUUGUGAACAGAAGAAAUCAAGUCCCUCUUCCCUCCUCCCUCUUCAUUCCUGUCCCCAUGGGGAGAACAAAUGACUACUGUUCUUAUCCCCUUUUUUAGAUAUGUCCAAAAAAUUGAGUUUUCUAGUCCUGUUCUGUUUUUUUAAAUUUUUGUUUUGUUUUGGUUUAUUUUUUGGGAUGAUGCCAUCUCACUCAUCAUGUGACUGUGCCCAUUCCUGCAUGGACCUUUCCCAAGCACUAGCACAGGUGCAAAUCCAUCAGAGUCAUCGUUUUCAUAAAACCAAGCAGAAGCGAAGAGAAGAGAGGAGGACUGAAGGAAAGACAGACUGGACAGCUGCGUGGCUUAUGAAGCGAGCCCCGCACACCAUGCGAGGAGAGGCUCCCGGGCUCUGCUACGAUCUGUAUGCUGCCUCGUGGCUCAGGACGGCGCGGUCAUGGCGACAGAAAGUAUCUUAUUUAUAUAUAGAUAUAUAUAUGUAAUUUAUAUAAAAUAUAUAGAAAUUAUUAUAUAUAUAUAUUAUACACUCUCAUAUAAUAUAUAUAUAUAUUCACAUGCAUUUGGACUAGAAAAUCUAUGGAGACUUCAUCAACGGUACUGUGUUAUUAGAGAAAUGCUUUAAUUUUCAUAUUCCAAUCAGAUGGCAUCUUAUAUCCCAACUGGUUGGGGAGGGAGUGAAAGUGGUAGUAAGUGCUGUACCGAGGGCACUCGCAUUGGUCAUUCUCUUGAGAGCUGGGCUUUUCUCUAGGAGGGGUCAGCCGGAGGCCAGUGAGAAGGGGCUUUUGCCUGGGGGCCAGAGGCUUGGAGCCAUGACCCUAGAGCCGAUGCUGCCCGUGGGGCACAGUCAGGCCCGCGUGUGGGAAGCGAGAGAAUGGCUAACGGUGCUCCCACCAUAUUAAAUUGCUGAUUGUUUUAUGCCACCUGAUGUGUCUGCAUGAGAGGUUUCCUUUUUGUUCAUUUUUAAGCUGCUGUUAAACCAAAACCAUGUUGUGCUACUGUGUCAGCCUUUUCAUUCUUCCAGAUUUUACUUUUACUAUUUAAGUGAAUGCGUAGAAUCCAGUUUGAGCGGGUUCUAAAGGGUCAUGAUGUUCUGGGGGAGCCAGGCCUCGGGGUAGCCUGGGUGACCUGGGCUUGGCCAUCUCACUAGCGGAAGGGGGAGUGGGGGCAGGUGACAACCAGCGGGAGCUGGGGCUCCUGUCGUAACGUGUCCCUUCACUCACCUGCCAGGGACAUGCUGGGCUCAGCUGAGGCCCCAUUAUGGGGCCCACUAGCAGGGAUGGGGCGCCACUUGCUUUCUAGCUCUGCGCUGGGACAGUGGGAAGGCCCUGAGCUCGGCUAGCCGUGUAAUGAAAAGUUUGAUUUGGGUUUUUUCGCAGCUCCUUCAUGUGCCCUACCUACCCCAGCCCUUCUCCAACAGCUGGUAGCUUACUGUUUCUUUAAGAAGAAAAUAGACUUUAAUGCUGUCAGUUUGAGCUGUAGAGCUGAGAUGCACUUACUGUUGAGAUGUGAAACCUUGUUGCUUUUUCCCAGAGUCAGAGGGCAGUGAUUGUGGUCAAGGGGGUUUUUGUCAGACCACAAAUGCAGGUGGCAGGUGUGGCUCAGGCCCCCCCCACCCCCACCCCACGGUGCUCCUUUGAAGCCACCAUGCCUCCCUCAGCUCCAUGCUGGAGGCACGACACAGGGGACCAGAGCAUGGACAUGCUUGGCCCCAGGGUUGAGACUGUUGUUUCCUAGCCCACUGUGUUACAACUGGUGCAGACGACACACGUUGGAGAUGCUUUGAGCACUGCCAGCCAAAUUUAGGAAAUCUGUUAACAGGUCUACCAGCAUGAGGAGGCUAACUGUAAAGUGUGGGGCCCAGAAUGUGGGUAAAGAAAGGGCAGCAGCUUUACCUGGGCAGUGCACUGGAUUGAAGGCAAGAGGGGUAAAGUGGAGGCCAGUUAUGACUCUGGUGAGGAGGGGGUGAGCUGGAAGUGUUGUUGAUGUCUGUGAUAUUAAGCGCUGUAGUCUGAAUGAUGCUCAACCCUCUACCCCUCCCAGGGAAGAAAAGCAGAGAUUCAAAGCAAGCAUGACACUAGCUGGUUUACCAGUGUUCCUUCCAAGGAGACAUAUAUUUUUUAAUAAAUGAUAGUUGCAAUGAA